AUGGCAUCUCCUCACGACGGAGCGGAUGACGCCGUGCACGAGCUGCUCGCACGAGCCAACGGGCUGCUGUCGGAGUUGUCGACUUUUGCCGUCCAUUACAACAAGGUGGCCGACUCGUACAGCGGUGAUGGCGCCCAUCAUACCGCAAGCACCGUCAACUACUUGCGGCAGCAGCUUAAAAGCGAGGUGCAGGCACUCAACGGCAUCCUCGAAAAGCACUCGGGCCCAGACAGUGUCAUGUCAACACAUCGCGUCUCUUCCACCAACCUGCCUUUUUUCGAAUCGUUGUGGGCUUACGCCAAGCAGUCCCAGGAUAUCGUGGCUCUGCGGAAAUGGGUUUGCAACGGGCAAUUUGAGGGCAAAGACGUUCUCGCCCCGGGCACUCAUAUUGUCCACAUGCCUGGCGACUCCAUCCCAUCCAAACAUACGACAACGCUUGUCGACCUCAUUACGGAUGGAGGUCGGACCUGGGUCAAAAUCGCAGCUACCACUUCAAAACGUCUGCUUUGGGAUAUGACUAAGCUGGGAUGGGCCAUAGGCGCUGAUGACAGCGACGACGGCGAAGAUGCAGACAUAACAGAUGACGAACUCGAGGAUAUACCCCUUUUCAAGGCUGCCAAAAGCCUGGCUAUCUCAGCAAAAGCUUAUCGGAUUCGGGGUGCUUCGCCGGCGGUGCGAUUGAUACUGCCGCGCAUCGCUAGUGGGGAGUCAAAAGAUGUCGAUCUGGUUCUCAACCGGAUUCGCGCUUUAGGGAUCGAGGUCCUGUGCAGCAACGAGCUCGAGAACCUCACACCCGUUCCUUUGACGGAAGAGAUUCUCAAUCAGAUGGUGCCAAGUCCACUUGCGUCUUUUUCGGAUUCGCUAAAUAUAGAUACCUCUAUACUCAUUGGUCUUAUCUCUGACUUUUCCCAUUCCUCUGUCGAGAAACAGUCAUGGUUUACAGCUAUGCAACUGGGCCAUCUGGCAAACGAGCAGAAACGGCAAAUAGCCACAACAUGGAUAUAUCCCGCAAUGGGCAGCAGACGACUAAUAUGUACACCGGAAGCUGCGAGUACCUGCAGAGAGAUUGUGACUACUAUCGGAACCCCAUCAGAGGUUGCGCGGUUGAAUCUUUUGCUCUGCGAAGAUCAAACUAUAUCUCGCGAACAGCUGGUGCAGGACUUUCAAAAAUUAUCAGAUCACGAAGUUCCAGCGGAUUUGCGACUGCCCGUCAAAAUCGUAGACAAUACCCCCAAUACAUCAGACCUCCCAUCUGAGGUUUGGGAGGCGUUGCGAGAUGUGACAGAGCCGACGAAAUCAGUCUUUGCUUUUGGUUGGGCAUCUCACUAUACAACUCUGACCUCGAAUGGUGCGGGCAUUACCAGUCUCACCAAGAACCUCGAGGACAUGAGUUAUCAAUCGAAGUGGCCAUCAGUUUGGCUUUGUCCAUUUAGUCGGUCUUUGGUCGGAGUACCCAAACAUCUUCGCGAUGGGGAAGAAUGA